UCUGGGAAAUUUGGUUGCCUCACAAAGUGCACGUCAUUUCCUCCUUUGAUGACAAAUGUGUGGUUUCUGUCUUUUUAAAAAGUUUGAAAGGAGUGUGAUUAUGACAAGUCUGCGCAAUUUGCCUGUGAUACUGAGAGGAGUAUGAAUGGUCAUGUAAAGAGCAUGCAUUUUCAACUGUUUAAGGAACCAGCAGCAAUUCCUUUCUCCUCAGCAUUACUCUCUCUCCUGCUGGUUAUGGCUGUUGAUUCAACAAGAACUGUGGCAGCAAGCAGAAGCCAGCAGUGUGGGAAUUCUCUGCCUUCUCUGCAACAGACUUUGAAGGUGACCAGACUCAUACAGAAGGAAUCUGUCGACCUAAUCAAAACAUAUAAAGCCUCUCAAGGGGAAAUGUCAGAGCUCUUCUGCAAGGUGUCAAUUAACGACAACCCUGACCCCAACAUCUCUGGCCUGGAGCCCUCAGAGAAGAUAGCAAGCAUCUCCACACAUCUCCAAGCCUUCCUCCAGCAUUUAAAACGGGUGCACGAGCAGCAGACAGACUUACAGUCGCCCACGAGCCCACUGCUGAACCAGCUCACCACUGUCAGUGCUCGCAGCCAGAUCUUGGCUGCCCUCAUAAACAGUUUUUAUCAGAGCCUCUUCCCGAACCUGCCUGUACCGGAGCCAGCAGGGGGGCCGACAACACUACCUCCACCUCAGAACGUCUUCCAGCAGAAGGUCUACGGCUGCGUGGUCCUGAAGACCUACAAGGAGUUCCUGUCGAAUGUUUCCCGAGAACUGAGGACUCUUAGAAACAAAAUGUGCAGAAGGUGGAUAGAAAGUAAUGUACUCUUCUUCUGAGGAUGACCUAAGGCUGGCCUUAGACAGUCUGCUUUCAACAACAGUUAAACUGACCGGGUUGAUAAAGACUCAAAAAGAUAAGUGAAUAUGAAGGCGGCAGAUACAUCAGUGCGAUGAAGCCUAUUUAUGCUAUUUAAUAUUUAUUUUCUUACAUGUUUCUGUUAAGAGGAGUGCUGUUAAAAGAUCAAGAGUGUAAAGGUGUGUCUAUACAAGUUACAUAUAUUUAAUUUGUUUAAAAUGUUAUGUAAGGUUGUGCUGAUUUAAGCUUAUUUGCUGUAAACAGAAAUAUUAAAAGAUACUUUGCAGCUCUA